AUGGCACAAACACACAAAGUCGGACCGUUUUUGAUUGGAAAUAAAUUGUUAGGGGAGGGAGCGACUGGACGUGUUUUUCUCUCAUUCCAUGAGGAGUCGAACGUUAAAGUCGCAAUAAAAAUAAUUAACAAGACGGAGAUAUGUAAACAAGUCGACAAAAAGCGGAAGAUAGAUCAAGAGCUCGCGAUACUUCGCAUACUUCACCACCCCCAUAUAAUAAAUUACUAUGCAUCAUACGAGACUUCAAAACUACUAUAUGUAGUUCAAGAGUUAUUAAGUGGUGGAGAGUUAUAUACAUAUGUCGAUAAAAAGGGUAAGUUGUCUGUCUCGGAGUCUGUGAAAUUCUUCCUCCAAAUAGUUUCUGCGUUAGAAUACAUCCACCGGUGGCAGAUAUGUCAUCGUGACGUCAAAUUAGAAAAUGUAUUACUCUCAAGCGAUUUACAUACAGCAAAACUGUGCGACUUUGGUAUGGCGACGUACACUGGUGGACAAAAACUGAAAGAUUCUUGUGGGUCAUAUUUCUAUGCGGCUCCCGAACUCUUUUUAGAAGAGAGUUAUGAUGGAUGCGUCGCAGAUGUGUGGUCCCUUGGGGUCUUAUUUUAUGCGCUAUUGUUCGGGACAAUGCCAUUUCCUGGAGACACCGAACUUGAAAUUGUUGAGAACAUAAAGAAGAAGUCAUUUGCCAUUCAAAAUGAAAUACCAGACGCCAUCAAGACUAUCUUAAAAGGUCUAAUAAAUGGAAACCCAGAAGAAAGAAUGACACUCCGACAAGCUUCUUUGUUGGCUGAACCUUUCAAUGAAGUCAAUCCUAAGGCUAUCCACCCAAUUACACAACUCAGAGACUUACAAGAAACACCAGAAGAAAACUUCCUUUCUUUGAAUGGAGACAGCUGUUUGAGCCUCAGAGAAUCUCUUCAAGGAAACACUUCUCCAAAAAUCGACGAUAUCGAAGCGAUAGCAGGGGGGCCAGUGCAUGAAUAUGAUAUGAAGAUAAUGCAGAUGUUGGCCUAUUUAUUGGCACCACUCCACAUCUCUUUAAUACGAGAAGCUCUGUUUGACCCCAAACCAAACACCAUACGUGCGUUUUACAGAUCGAUUGUCGAACACACCCAAAAUCCUUUGAAUGGAUACUCAAGCCAAUUCACAAAUAGAAACAGGACAAGGACGAUCAGUACGACAAACACAAUGUUUGCUGUUUCCCCAAACCUUUCCGGAUCAAGCCAAAACUUUUCUCCCGCGUUCAGUGAGCUUGUGAAACGGAAAAUGGCCUGUUCCCCAAUAGGAUAUAAGGAGAUCUCCCCUCUCGAGACCCCACGCUCCGGAAGCGUUCCCAGAGAGAUCCAAGGCCUUGCUUUAACAGACGCGUCGUCGUCUCGGCAAAUUACAGUCGACUUCCAAAUUCUAUCGUUGAUCGAAAAGACGAAGCAGAUAUUGACCGACCUUGGCAUUCAAUUUGACCAACUCAAAGAGAACGUGGUAUGCAAAUUAGUGUAUAAAUAUGACGUGGAAUCGACCGCUGGGGUGAAGUGUUGUGAAGAAGAGUCGAUCACCUUUUCGUUACUCAUAGGUGUGGAACCUGCGAGUGAUAUUGACAUUACUUUCCAAGACAAAACAAUUGUGAAAAUGGAUUUAGUUGACGGGAGUGUAGUAGUCUUUGGUGAUUUAUGGAAUGUCGUAAAGAUGCAACUAGUCGAAGACGAGUAA